CCAUGAAAACUUUGAGCUCAUCCAUCAUGAUAUGUGAACCCUCUCUACAUUGAGGUUGAUCAAAUCUACCACUUGGCAAGCCCAGCCUCACCACCACACUACAUGUACAACCCAGUCAAGACCAUCAAGACCAAUACAGUUGGGACAAUAAAUAUGCUUGGCCUUGCAAAACGUGUUGGUGCGAGGGUGUUGAUUGCCAGCACCUCAGAAGUGUAUGGAGACCCGGAAGUGCAUCCUCAGACAGAGAAUUACUGGGGUCAUGUCAAUCCUAUAGGACCACGGGCAUGUUAUGAUGAAGCUAAGAGAGUAUCAGAGACUUUGGCAUACUCGUAUGAAAAACAAGAGAAAAUCGAGGUGAGAGUGGCACGCAUAUUCAACACCUAUGGUCCUCGGAUGCAUAUGAAUGAUGGCAGAGUUGUGUCCAAUUUCAUUCUUCAGGCUCUCACUGGCCAGGAUAUUACAGUUUAUGGACAUGGGCAGCAAACAAGGUCAUUCCAGUAUGUCAGUGAUCUUGUUGAUGGCUUAAUUAAACUCCAGAGUUCUAAUUACUCCCAGCCAGUUAAUCUUGGGAACCCUGAUGAACAUACUAUUGAAGAAUUUGCCACUAUCAUUCAUAAGAUGGUUGGCGGGAAAAGUAAGAUAAUUCACAAAGAUGCUGUUGAAGAUGAUCCCCAGCGUCGAAAGCCUGACAUCACACGCGCAAAUCACAUCCUUGGCUGGCAACCUGUUGUACCACUUGAGAAAGGCAUUGAAAAGACUGUAGAAUAUUUCCGUAAAGAGCUGAUGAGAUCAAGACACUCUGAGCGAAAUUUGCACUAUCCCCUAAUGGAAAGCUUCGGUGUGAAUGAGCAUCAACGGGCGGAGGAUUAUACUGAUCUGUAAGACAAUUAUAUUCAGAGAUUGAUUGGGAGAGGAGUAUGCAUUUUAAUUAGAAAAAGAAAAUAGUUAUGUUCAGGAAUCAUUUGUAUAAACAUUUAGCAUUAGGUGCUGAUGUAACACAAAAAGUUAUAACCUGAAAUGGGAAGAACUACAGCAAGUAAGCUUUGAAAUUGUACUAGGUGUAUUAGGUCAUUUUCAUAUAGAAACAUAUAAAAGAGUAAAUAAGAGUAGAUGAUCAUUUGAUAUGUAUAUUUUAAAAUCUUAUUUUUUAAAGUACUUACCUGUAUUGCUAAAAUGGCUUGAAGUCAAUUAUUGCAUUUAUAACCUAGCAGAUUUCUUGGUAUAGAAUUAGUUUACUGUGAUUUAUUACUGGCACUAUUGAGUAUUCUUAUGAAAACUGUUACAUAUUGAGAUCUUUACUAGAAGUUGAUAUCCUUUCUCUUGAUGCUGUAAUAUACUUGCGUAUGGAAUAUUUGUAAGCCAGAAUAAUAGACUUGAAGGAGAAAGAGAACUAUAGUCAGCAGUAUAUGCAGGUUAUGUGAGACAAAAGUUAGGGACAUUAUAUUAAUUAUUUCUUCUAUUUGAAUAUGAUUUUUGUUGUUAUUAUUAUUAUUAUUUGUUGUUGUUGUUGUUGUUGUCUUUAAUUAUUUUUAUUAUAUUAUUAUUAUUAUUAAUUAUUAUUAUUAUUAUUAUUAUUAUUAUUAUUAUUUUUAUUAUUAUUAUUAUUAUUAUUAUUAUUAUUAUAUUAUAUAAUAAUAAUAAUAAUAAUAAUAAUAAAAUCUACCACACACCUACUUCAGGAACAACAUUAUACCCAUUGUAGCUUUUGAAUCGUCAAAUGAAAUGGAAAUUAUUCAAAUGGAUCAAUACCCCUUUGCCGGGGGAAAGGGACACUUUUGACUUAUGGCUGUUGUAGAGAGUUAAGCUUAUUGUGAUGUUUCCUUUAAAAGAUAAACCCUAUUUGUAUUAUUUUAUUUCAGAAUCUUUUGUGAAUAUAAAUUAAUGUUCUGAUUUCUUUACAGUGGCCAUUAAGGAUUUAUAUAGCAAACAUUUACUCCCCUCCUCCAUUCCCUUUAUCUUAUUAUAGGAAUGUUUUCAUACAAAAUUUUAAUUAGAAUAGACUCUUGAUAGAGGACACUGUUUUUUACUUUGAUUUUUUGUUAGUUUGUUCUGCAACUGUAUAUACACAAAUUGUACAAAAUAUCACAUAAAAUUUGGCACUGAUAUAAUAUGCACUCCCUUAGAUGUGUUCUGCUUUGCUUAAUCUUAUCCAAAUUUAGCAUAUUUUAUUCUGUUUUCUGGGCCUCGGGCCCACUUACAUAUUUUCUAUAUUUCACCCAGCAGUCAUUGCUAGUACUAUGAUCAUGACAAAUUGGUUUAGAUACCUGGGUGGCAAAAAUUUGUCCAAGGACAAGUAAGCACAGCAUUGUGACAUCCUUUCGUUCUCCUCAUUUUCUUUUGUCUUUUAGACUUUUCAUGCUCGAAAUGUGUGUAAAAGAAAAUAAUUUCACAUUGUGGUUGGUUCAGUGUGUGAUAUAUGAGUAUCAUAUAUGAUACAGCUUUUGCUGUAUAAUUGAUUUUAUUGCUCAUAUUAAUUUUGUUGUCAUUUCUUUUAAUAUCUUAAUCUUUUUUGAAGAUUAGAGAGGAAGAGAACAUUCCUUCGUAUACACAACCCAAUUUUACAGUGAAUCAUCCAUGAUAUUGGAAUUUGACUUAUGUAGUUUAUAUAUGGUUAAGCCAUGUGCUAGUAAGUGAUUAUACUAGCAGGUAAGGAUAAGGGUAGGAGGUAGCAGAAUGGGGAUUACACUGCCUUGCCUUACCUGGCCUGACCUCUCAAUGAUCUGAUAUAAUAUUAUGUUAGGACUAUACUGUUGUGGAAGGCAGGCCUUUAGAGUACAUAGUAUAGUAGCUUCCCAAACACAGUUUUGUAUGAUACUUGGCUUUUUUUCUUUUUUGGACAGAGUUGAUUAAAACUAAAUUUUCC